UUUAGCAAGCAGGUCGACAGCGAAAUUUUUCAUUUCACACAUUCUUGUUUGACUUUAUGCAAACAUUAUAUUAAGAAUGGCAAAAAUUAGUCUUUCUUCCUACAUACUAAUACUAACUUUUUCUUUGUUUUCUCAAGGUAUUUUACUUUCAGCAUCCAAGUCCAUAAGAAAUUUAGAAGAUGACAUGGUAUUUAACACAUUCAGGAUGGGAAAAGCCUUUCAGAAGGAAGAUACUGCAGAAAGAUCAGAUGUUGCACCUUCUCUGGAACAAUAUAAAAAUGAUGAGAGCAGUUUCAUGAAUGACGAAGAAAACAAAAAUUCAAAGAACACAGGCUCCAAACAUAAUUUCGUAAAUCAUGGUCUACCACUGAAUUUGGCUAUAAAGCCUUAUCUUGCAUUAAAAGGAUCUGUAGCUUUUCCAGCUGAUGAUGGAGUUCAGAAUAAUGAAUCAACACAAGAAAAGAGAGAAAUUGGGGAUGAAGAAAACUCAGCUAAAUUUCCUAUAGGAAGGAGAGAUUUUGACAUGCUCAGGUGUAUGCUGGGAAGAGUCUACCGACCUUGUUGGCAAGUCUGAUACCUGUUGGUCUACAUUGUCUUUUCAGAAGAAAAACUCAUUUAAUUGUCAGUGGAGGGGAAAAAAAAAAAACCUUAUUGUUAUUAUAACUUGUGUGUUAGUUUAAAUGUCUGUUUUUAAAAAGAAAGUAAUGUUGACCUAUACCAGUAAUAUAAAUGAUACACUUAUCUGUGCAUUAAACUUUAUGAAAAUUCUGCAUAA